AGAGUAAAAAACAUUUGCCAACAAGGUCCAACUAUGUGGGGUGCCCUGAUAAUUGGCAUGGUCUUCAUUUAUUGCUUAGGCUUAGCAAUGCUAGUGCGAAGGAAGUCUGUUUGGAGGUCGGUUGUUUGCCAAAGCUUGUAGAAAAGCUAACUCAACCACAGCGGCGACUCCGCAAAGAGCCAACAGAAGUGCAGCCAGAGAUACAAAUGCUGUGUUGUGUAUGCGCCAUGCGCAAGCCUGUUGUCGAUCAGCCCCCGUUGCCUCUGUCACAGUCACAGCGUGGGCGUGGCCCGCCCCGGGUGCUGCGGCAAAUACGCAUCGAUCCAUCCGGCACGACCACCGAAGUGGUCGCAGAUCGCCAAAAUAAUGUGGAGCUGGGACGCCAGCACAGCCGCUUUGGCGAUAUAUUCUUUAUCGAGCCGAACAGCCAGGAGGCAGCACGGAUACGCGAACAGCUGGAAAAGGAUGACAAGGAGCUGCCCAGCUAUGAUGAAGUGAUGCGUAUGUGCAAUUUGACAACGCCCACAGCCGCUGCAGCAUUGCCAACGCCAACUAUGGCGUCCAGUGCCAUUGGCAUUGCUGCAUUGCCGGCUCCGCCGUAUUCGGAGUGUGAUCCGCAUCUAAGCGUAGAAACAACAAUCGCUGCCACAAAUGCCGUCACAGCCAGCUCGUUGGAGCCUUCACCGUCCACUUCACGUGCCGCUCAAAUUCCAACGUAGCAAUCGUCUAUGGCUGAUCCAAAUGCACACCACAUCCAGCACAAAAUCUUUCGAUGAAGCUGUCGCCACAGCAUUCCUGUGCCACUCUGGGCCACACAAAUCUCCAGUUUGUGUGCGCUUCUAUAUUGAGAAAUAAAAGUGUGAUUUUAUAAAGUAUACCUAAGUAUUAGACCGUAGGUUUUCGAUAAUUGUAUAUAUUUAUAAAUUUAAGGUGCAAUAAAUUAAUUAAGGAAAUUUUA